AUGACCUGGUUAGACUUCCUAGUCAGGUUGCGGGCCCGUUUCAAAUCCCGCAUCGCCGCCUACUGGGCCGACUACGAUGUCAACUGUACGGAUGUCUUUUUCGGCGUGGACUACUUGAUGGUCGCUGGUGGAUUGCACCUUAACUCGAGGAGUCCCAAACACCGCCGCUGGUGGAACCUGUACCGCGUUAUGAUUGUGCUGACCUUGCCCCUGCUGGGCUGGAAGUUGGCCCUCAACGUGUCCGCGGGGAAAAAGCUGGACGUGAUUCUGCAAAGUGUCCAGAUUGUGCUGGGCACGGCCGUGGCCUUGGUGAGGGCGGUUUUAAUGGUGCGAAAUUAUGACCGGAUUAUGGCCGUUCGACGUUACGGCAACAGGCGGAACUUUGGACGGAACUUGGAAUCGACUUUGGGGAUGCGUGCCGCUGGAUUCUACAACAUUCGACGGGCUGUGACCUCGUUUUCGUUGUUCCAGCUGUGUGCCAUCUGUCCGCUAUUGAUGAUGGAUUUGACCCGGAACGACUCCUUUGGCUUGCCGUUUGAUCUGCGCGAGUUCAGCGGAGUUCUGCACACUUUGGUGGAGAAGUUCUACUGCUUGAUGCUGACGGGACUAACGUGUAACGGUGUGGUGAACAACGCUACGGUGUACAUGAUUCUGAAGGGACUGCUUACCGAGUUGACCGUUGUGGCGGAGUGCUUCGAGGGAGUCAUGGAGCGAGCUGUUAGGUGCGCUCAAGCCGAGUUGGAAUUAGCUGCUGGACCAAGCAAGACUCGACGCCAUUCCAGGCGGCGUUACUUCUGGAACUAUCUGAACGAAGAGUUCCGAGAGUGUGUCCGGCUACACCAACAAUUCCUGGACACGCUCAAGGUCGCUAAACCGCUGCUCAACGUAACGCUAUUAAUCGCAUACUAUUCGACCACGCUGAACAUUGCCUUCGGAACGGUCUACCUGCUGUCAACGGAACCAUCCCAGAUGGGCGUCUACUCGUGCCAGGUCUUCUACUACGUCGGAAUGCUAAAGACAGAGUGUUGGAUUCUGGCGCAUCUCGUGACCAAGAUGACCGAUUUGAACGAAUCCAUCGGCGACAACGUGUACGCCCUGAACUGGCCGGAGCAGCUGGAGUACGAGCCGGACUUUGCACAUCGCUAUCGCGCUACGCUGGACACGAUGACCACGGUGAUGGUCCGAGCCCGGCACCCGUUGCGGCUGAACUGUUUUGGCUUUUUCGAGUUCACCCUGGAGCGGUUCGCCGAGCUGGUCAACCUGGCGUACUCGCUGGUGACGUUUUUCAGGAACUUUGUUUGA